CUAGUGCACUAAUAAUACUUAGAGAUACAAGCCCGGUUGCUAUGGCGGGAAGGAUGUAUGUUUGUAAAUAUACAUUGCUGUAUUUUGGGAUAGUUUUACGCGUAUGAAUAUUCGAUAGAUUGGAUCCCUAAUGUAACAACGUUGUCUUAUGAAAUAAUAUUUAACAGCGAUUUCCCUGUACAGAAAGAUGAAAAAUUUCACUGAUUUCGAUAGUUAUGGUGUGCUUGAGGUUUAAGAAUCAUGUCCCACCGACUCACCAAGAAAGAGCUGGACGACCAGUUUGAGUUGUUUUUAAAAGAGUCCAUCUCUGAUGACUCUGUGGAUUUGGGUGGCACAAAUCAUACCAGUGGGUUGGACAGUUUGGGGAAGGUGCUCCAAAACCCAGCAAAUACUACUGGGGCGCCUCGACCAUGGUGGAAUGAAGAUGAAGAGACAGUUUCAGGAUUGCUGGCAUCUGGAAAGAUUUUUCGAAAAUCUCAAAGAAAAUCCCAGUCUAUUCAAGAGGAAGAUGAGGUACAGCUAAAACCAAAAAGGAACCAAAAUGAGCCGGAGAAGGAAGAAGAGGUUAAGGAGGAGCAGGCAGAGCCCGUCAUUUUCAGCAGAUAUAGCUUUGAACCAAAGGACUCAAAAUCGGUGUUGGCAUCUGGAGCAGGACCAAAUGUUACAGGCUUUGGCCUGGACACACUGGAUGAGGAGAAAGAGAAGGCCCAUUUCUUUGCCAACUUGGAGAGGGGAGCUUCCUCCACUAUUGACUAUUCCAAGUUGAACCGAGAGCUGGAUUCAACUGGGUCUACAUUCACCAAUACCCUUAAGAAUGCAGAAAAGAUAGUGACUGAGCUGGAGUCAAAGAAAAGUCAUGAGUUCAAAAGCAUGCCAGCAACCCUGAACUACAGUGAGGAUUUUGAAGAUGAACUGGGCGGUAAAGAGGCACAGGAUGAGAAAAUCAGUAGACCUGGAAUGCUUGCGAAAGUUUCCUUCCAUGACUCCCUGGACUCGGCUGCUGGGACUCAGAAACCCGAGGAGGGUGCUGAGGCGGCAGAUAUGCCAGUGAGGAACGACGGCUGUUUGGCUCUCGGUGUCAUGGAGACCAGUGGAACAGCUCAGUCGUAUGGUCAGAGUGGUGCCAGUGAGGUGGAGGCCCUGCAGGAAGCCUACCGCCAGAUUGACCUGUUCAUCGGUGACUCAGCCGACCAUGUGCAAGGCACCUCUUCUCCAAGUAAUAACAGCCACCCUGUACCUGCUCCAGAAUAUUCAAGGGGGACCUUCAAGGCCACCAUCUGCACUGAGUCAGAUCUGCCUACAGCGGAAGAACUCAUGCGGCUAAUCAGACCGGACUUGAGUCUCACCCAGCAAUCUUCCCAGCAUCCAGUCAUUGGUGACAGCACUGGGAUACUGCAGGGGUACAAAAUCGGCACCUCUGCUGAAGCACUGCUUCGGGGGCCAGCUGGAGAGAGCGCAGAAGAUCCACCUUUGGGGACAGGAGAUGAAAAGCACAGGAAUAUAAUGGAGGAGGUGAAGCUGAUCAUGCAGGGCCAGGAUGGUUACCUUGAGCCUCGUCACCCACAACUUUGUAAAACGAAAAAGAAACAGGUGAAAAAGGUUCCAGGGCACUCUUCAGUGCAGGGGCGUCGACGUGAUUCAUCUUUUCCCUCCCAAAAGAAAUCUGAUGUGCCCCAGGUGGAGAAUAAGAGAGCUUUGCCUGGUUCACCUUCACAAGCAAAUGCGGGAAAUCUGGCAGAUAGACAUGCUGAGCUGGGGCUGACGGUGAGUGAUGAACUUGUGUCUUCAGUGCGGUCCUCUGCUACCUCACUGCAGCAGCAUGUACAACAGAGAGAGCACGAGGACUCUGGUAGGGCGCAAGGUUCAGAUGCAGGAUACAGUAGACAGCCUGAGGUAAAUAAACAGUCCUCACUGUACCUGCAGAGUGACACAGCACCACCUAACUGCAGUGGAAGGGAGAUGGGCGCUGAGAAUGCUCAGGACUGCCCUCUGGUGGAUAGACCGGCACGCAAGCAGAAGCAGUUUGAAACACAAGAAGAGGAGUUAAUUCUGGCCCACAAGAGGGAGGUUUUAGUUCUCAAACAGGAAAAUUACAUCUUGCAGACAAAGUUGCAUUACCUAGAAGAGGUCAGCAAGAAGGGCGGAUGGAGCAUUGGGAAGUCCUCAGACCCCAUAACAAAUGAGAAGCUCAAGCUCAUUGAGAAGGAGCUGAAGGAGCAGGAGACCCUCAUCCAGGGAUACCAUCAGGAGAAUGAGAAGCUGUACCACCAGGUGAAGGCAUUAAAAUCACAGAGCAAGGAAAAUGAAGAGGCCAUGUUCAUGGUGAACCAACGACUACAGGUUGAACUGGCCAUGGCCAGGGAAGAGAUCAAAAGAAGCUGCAUGCAGAGGACUGCUGGAAAUUCCUUUGAGCAGAACAUGGCCAUUUCAGACCAGGUGCAGGCUUUACAGGAGAGUGAAGCCAGACUGACAGAGGAGAUUCGGUGGUUGAAACAGGAGAAGCAGGCCCUGGAGGUGGAUGUGGGGAUGGUCAGGAAGGAGAUGGACUCGGGUGAUAAAAACUUUGACAUAAAGAUGCUAGAGGAGCAGCACAAGAUGGAGGUGCAGGCCCUGAACAGGAGGCUGCAGUGGUACACAGAGAAUCACGAGAUGCUGGACAGCGAAGUAGGUCGGCUGAGAGCUGCCACAGAGGAGACCCGCAGGCUCAAAGAGCAGGUAGACAAACUAAAGGAUGUGGUGGGACAGAAAAACAGUCAAGAACAAAAGAAGGUAAAAGAGAGAAUGGCAGAUGCAAAGAGAAUCCUGGAUUUGGAGAGACAGGUGAAGGAGAUGGAAGACAUACUGAAGCGCAGACACCCUAACUCCCUUCCUGCCCUGAUUUGGGCUGCUGCCUCAGCAGCUGGGCCAGGGAGCACUGAGCAGGCUGGAACAGUGUCCUUCCUGGAGCGCCGUGUCCACAGGCUGGAGGAGGAGCUGGAGGCCAAGGAUGAGGAGGCCAAGCAGAGCCUGAGAGCCAUGGAACAACAGUACCACAAGAUCAAGAUACAGUAUGAGCAGCAUAUUUCUGAGCUGGAGGAACAGUUAAGAAAAGAAGGCCUAAAUGACCAGACUGGAACAUGCAAGGACUGGGAGUCUAAGGCCCGGGCCCUGGAGCAAGAACUGCAAAGCCUUCAAGAGACCCAGAAAAAGCAGGUCAGUGCUCUCCGGGUAGAGGUUGAUGCCCUUCAGGACCAAGUCAAACAGUCUGGGUGCAGAGAACAGACACCCAAGAAGAGUCCAAGCAAGCAUGACCAUCAGGCAGAAAUGGCGAAGGGGCUCCGGAUUAAGAGUCUGACUCUGGAGCUUGCAGCCAAAACCAAGACAGUACAGGAUCUGACUCGAACAGUGGAGCGGCUGCAGCGGGAGCGGCGGUCACUGCUCUCGGUGUCAGCAGCAAAUGCGCACAGCAAGGAACCCAAAGAGCCAGUCAGCGCAGCUAGAGAGAUCAGCACCAAGGCUCAGACCUUCCCUGUGACACUAAAUGAGAAGAGCUACCAACCUCUCACCUUCUCUGGGUCCCACAUUUCAGAAGUACUGCAGGAAAAUGAUCAUCUGAAGGCUUGUUUACAGCACAUGGAACUGAAGAACGAACAAGAGAGGGUAGCAAUGGCACAAGUAGAGAAGGAGCUCCACAGGGUCCGGAAGGAUGCUGCAGAGCAGCUGUCAUUGCUGAAGACUGAAUUCCAGAGGGAGCGAGAGAGCCUGAUUGCCCAGCAUGCCUUAGAACACUCCUCUUCUAAAGUGGCUGAACUCACCAAUCAGCUAUCUACCCAGGAGAUCAUCAUCAGACACUUGCAGGAAGAGGUUAAGGAGUUACAGGGAUGCAAAGAAGUGCUUGCAGUUUCCCACAUUAGGGAGGAGACUUUGCAGAAGGAGAUGGAAAAAUUGCUGAAGGAGCUGAAAGAAGCAAAGGAAACGCACACCCCCCAGCUGAAACAUUUCACCUUCUUAGAGACCAAGAUCAAGAAUAUGGAAAUGCGGCACAGAGAAAGAGAGAGAGAGCUGCAGCAGGUGAUCGCAAAGACACUUCUAGUAUCAGAAGAGCAUCAGCAGCAGCAGGAAGUAGAGGCCUUGCGAAAGCUGGCCCAGGGCAAGACUAGGGAGCUGGAGAACUUUCGCACUGAGCUGGACUCCAUCCUGGGUGUGCUGAGAGAGCUUCAGAAGCAGGGUGUGGUGAUCCCAGUCAAUGGAGCUGUACACUUGACCUAAGGCAAGACUAGUCUAUAUACUUCAGCAUAGAUACUGGUAGUGUGGAUCUCUUGCAGUUAGAACAUGAUUUGAUAGACAAGGACAAUGAAAUUGAAAAUAUUUUUCUUGCAUUGUCUGUUUAAAUAUUAUUAUUGUAUUUUGAUAGAAUUUUCAUUUGCUUUAAUCAUUACAUAACUGCAGGGAUGUAUUACUGUAUCCUAUUUCCUACGGGAUUAUUUUUAUUUUAGACUGUAAUUGUUUCUUGUUAAUUGUUUUCAUAGUAAAGGUUGAAUGUGCUUUCUGUGUGGUUAAUUAUCUUCUUUCUUACUAUGAAUUUUAAAAUUUCAAUCCAAAUUUGAAGAGCCAACCUCAGGUGAUGAUAUAUCCAACAUGGGUGUGAGGAUGAGUGGAAAUGUAUGUUCUUUUCAGUACAAGUACAGUUUUUUUGUAAGGCUUUACUACCCCCAGUUAUUUCAGAAUGAAAAUAAAAUAUCUUUUCUGUUA